AUGGCGGAGGAGCGGCCCCCCCGGCUGGUGGAUUACUUUGUGAUAGCUGGACUUGCAGGCAACGGAGCACCCAUCCCUGAGGAAACGUGGAUUCCUGAACCCAGUGGGCCCCUGCGCCCUCCCCGGCCUGCUGAGCCCAUCACAGAUGUGGCAGUCAUCGCUAGGGCCCUGGGCGAGGAGGUGCCGCAGGGCUACACAUGCAUCCAGGCUUCCGCUGGGGGCCACCCCUUGGAACUCAGCGCUGGGCUCCUAGGUGGAACUCAGCCCGUCAUCUGCUACCGGAGGGGGCGUGACAAGCCCCCCCUCGUUGAGCUGGGGGUGUUGUAUGAGGGGAAGGAACGUCCCAAGCCUGGCUUCCAAGUGCUAGAUACGACACCCUACAGCCACUCAGCCAACCUGGCCCCUCCAGGCCCUGGGCACCCCCGCACCUACCUCACUUACCGGCGGGCAGCAGAGGGGGCAGGGCUGCAUGCCCUGGGCAUCACUGACCUCUGCCUGGUACUGCCCAGCAAGGGCGAGGGUACUCCUCAUACUUACUGCCGAUUGCCUCGCAACCUCAACCCUGGCAUGUGGGGCCCAGCCGUGUACCUCUGCUACAAGGUGGGCCUGGCCAAGGCCAACACGCUGGCGUAUGAGGCAGAGCUGCUGGGCCGCUACCCAGAGGAGGACAAUGAGGCGUUCCCGCUGCCCGAGUCAGUGCCCGUCUUCUGCCUGCCCAUGGGGGCCACUAUCGAGUGCUGGCCCGCCCAGACCAAGUACCCCGUGCCCGUCUUCUCCACCUUUGUGCUCACGGGUGCAGCUGGUGAUAAGGUGUACGGUGCUGCCUUGCAGUUCUACGAGGCGUUCCCGAGGGCCAGGCUGUCGGAGCGGCAGGCUCGGGCGCUGGGCCUGCUGAGUGCCGUGGAGCGGGGCCGGGCACUGGGGGGCCGGGCUGUGCGCAGCCGCCGCGCCAUCGCUGUGCUGUCCCGCUGGCCUGCCUUCCCGGCCUUCCGCGCCUUCCUCACCUUCCUCUACCGCUACUCCGUCUCAGGCCCCCACCGUCUGCCCCUGGAAGCGCACAUCUCCCACUUCAUUCACAAUGUUCCCUUCCCUUCCCCACAGCGACCCCGCAUCCUGGUGCAGAUGUCUCCCUAUGACAACCUGCUCCUCUGCCAGCCUGUAUCCUCACCCCUGCCCCUCAGUGGUGCCAGCUUCCUGCAACUGCUGCAGACCCUGGGCCCGGAGCUGGCGAUCACGCUGCUGCUCGCUGUGCUCACGGAGCACAAGCUACUAGUCCACUCGCUGCGGCCGGAUCUGCUCACCAGCGUCUGCGAGGCCCUCGUCUCUAUGAUCUUCCCGCUGCACUGGCAGUGCCCCUACAUUCCGCUGUGCCCACUGGUGCUGGCAGACGUGCUGAGUGCCCCCGUGCCCUUCAUCGUGGGUAUCCACUCCAGCUACUUCGAUCUGCAUGACCCACCUGUGGAUGUCAUCUGUGUGGAUCUUGAUACCAACACGCUCUUCCAGACUGAGGAAAAGAAGCCCCUCUCCCCUCGGACCCUGCCCCGAAGACCCUACAAGGUUCUGCUGGCCACACUGACACACCUGUACCAGCAGCUGGAUCAGACAUACACUGGCCCCGAGGAGGAGGCCUCCCUGGAAUUCCUGCUGACAGACUACGAGGCAGUGUGUGGCCGCCGGGCCCGGCUAGAGCGCGAGGUCCAGGGAGCCUUCCUCCGCUUCAUGGCCUGCCUGCUCAAGGGCUACCGGGGCUUCCUGCGCCCACUCACCCAGGCCCCCUCUGAGGGGUCGCGCGAUGUCGACAACCUCUUCUUCCUGCAAGGCUUCCUCAAGUCCCGAGAACGUUCCAGCCACAAGCUGUACUCCCAGCUGCUACACACACAGAUGUUCUCCCAGUUCAUCGAGGAAUGCUCCUUUGGCUCUGCUCGGCAUGCUGCCCUUGAAUUCUUUGACUCUUGUGUUGACAAGGUCCACCCAGAGCAGGAGAAGCCUGAGCCCGCACCCCUGGUGGAGCUGGAGGAGCUGUCGGGCAGUGAGCUCACCGUGUUUAUCACACCUCCCGAGGAGCCGCCAGCGCCAGAGGCCAGUGAAUCCACUCCCCAGUACUGUUAUGAUGGGUUCCCCGAGCUUCGGGCUGAGCUGUUUGAGUCUCCUCAAGAACAAGCCGGGGCUCUGCCUGUGCCAGGCCCAUCCCGCAGCGCCCCCAGCAGCCCUGCCCCUCGCCGUACCAAACAGGAGAUGAAGGUUGCACAGCGGAUGGCACAGAAGUCAGCAGCUGUGCCUGAGCUGUGGGCCCGGUGCCUGCUGGGCCACUGCUAUGGGCUGUGGUUCCUGUGUCUGCCUGCCUACGUGCGCUCGGCGCCCUCCCGGGUGCGGGCACUGCAGACGGCCUACCAGGUGCUGCGCCAGAUGGAGAGCCGCAAGGUGGUGCUGCCUGACGAGGUGUGUUACCGGGUGCUGAUGCAGCUGUGCUCACACUAUGGGCAGCCCGUGCUGUCCGUGCGGGUCAUGCUGGACAUGCGGCGGGCAGGCAUCGUGCCCAACACCAUCACCUACGGCUACUAUAACAAGGCUGUGCUGGAAAGCAAGUGGCCGUCGGGCACACCAGGUGGGCGACUGCGCUGGGCCAAGCUCCGGAACGUGGUCCUGGGGGCGGCUCAGUUUCGCCAGCCCUUGCGAGAACAGCGGCAGCGGCAGCGGGAGGAGGUGGAGACGGCAGCCCAAGAGGCAGGCAGCUCGCAGACAGAGCCCUAUUUGGAGCGCCCCUCCCCUACCCGCCCCCUUCAGCGCCAGACUACCUGGGCCGGGCGAAGCCUGCGGGACCCCGCCUCACCUAUGGGGCGCCUGGUGAAGAGUGGCAGCCUGGGUAGUGCCCGAGGGGCACAGCCCACCGUGGAGGCUGGCGUGGCCCACAUGAUAGAGGCCUUGGGGGUCCUGGAACCCCGGGGAUCACCCAUACCCUGGCAUGACGGAAGCCUCUCAGACCUGAGCCUGACCGGGGAGGAGUCGGCACCUGGAGGCAGCCCAGGGGACUCAGGCUCAGCCCUGAGCACCCAGUCCACUGAAACCCUGGAAGGGCCAAGUGGGCGGGUGCCCAAGGCUGGCGGGCGUCAGGAUGAGGCCAGCACCCCCCGAAGAGGGCUGGGUGCCCGCCUCCAACAGCUACUCACUCCUUCCCGCCGCUCCCCCACCUCUCGUGUCCCCCCGUCUGAGCUGCCCCCUGACCUGCCUCCCUCAACCCGUCGCAGCCCCAUGGACAGCCUUCUGCACCCCCGGGAGCGCCCUGGAUCCACUGCAUCCGAGAGCUCAGCCUCUCUGGGCAGUGAGUGGGACCUCUCAGAAUCUUCUCUCAGCAGCGUGAGCCUUCGCCGUUCCUCAGAGCGUCUCAGUGACACCCCUGGAUCCUUCCAGCCACCUUCCCUGGAAAUUCUGCUGUCUAGCUGCUCGCUGUGCCGCGCCUGUGAUUCCCUGGUGUAUGAUGAGGAGAUCAUGGCUGGCUGGGCACCUGACGACUCCAACCUCAACACCACCUGUCCGUUCUGCGCCUGCCCCUUUGUACCCCUGCUCAGUGUCCAGACCCUUGAUUCCCGACCCAGUGCCCCCAGCCCCAAGCCUGCCCCUGCUGGUGCCAGUGGCAGCAGAGACGCUCCUGUCCCCGGGGGCCCAGGCCCCGUGCUCAGUGACCGCAGGCUCUGCCUAGCCCUGGAUGAGCCACAGCUCUGCAACGGGCACGUGGGGAGUGCCUCCCGGCGUGUUGAGAGCGGGGCAUGGGCGUAUCUCAGCCCCCUCGUGCUGCGUAAGGAACUGGAGUCACUGGUAGAGAAUGAAGGCAGUGAGGUGCUGGCGUUGCCUGAGUUGCCUGCUGCUCACCCCAUCAUCUUCUGGAACCUUCUGUGGUAUUUCCAGCGGCUGCGCCUGCCCAGUAUCCUGCCAUGCCUGCUGCUGGCCUCCUGUGAUGGGCCCCCACCCGCCCAGGCCCCAGCUCCUUGGAUAAUGCCUGAUCCAGCAUCCGUGCAGGUGCGGCUGCUGUGGGAUGUCCUGACCCCUGACCCCGAUAGCUGCCCACCUCUCUAUGUGCUCUGGAGGGUCCACAGCCAGAUCCCACAGCGGGUGGUAUGGCCAGGUCCAGUACCUGCAUCCCUCAGCCUGGCGUUGUUGGAAUCGGUGCUGCGCCACGUCGGUCUCAACGAGGUGCACAAGGCUAUAGGGCUCCUGCUAGAAACUCUAGGGCCCCCUCCCACUGGCCUGCACCUACAAAGGGGCAUCUAUCGUGAGAUCUUAUUCCUGACAUUGGCUGCUCUGGGCAAGGACCACAUGGAUAUAGUGGCCUUCGACAAGAAGUACAAGUCCGCCUUUAACAAGCUGGCCAGCAGCAUGGGCAAGGAGGAGCUGAGACAGCGGCGGGCACAGAUGCCUACCCCAAAGGCCAUUGAUUGCCGGAAAUGUUUCGGAGCGCCUCUGGAAUGCUAG